CCAUCAUUCGCCCGGCACUUCCCACCACGCUCCGCAUUCACCGCAUCGGCAGUCCCGUGGAAACACAACACAGGAUGCCCCAAACGCCUUGACUGAGACCUGCAAGACAGACAUGCAGCAGCAGCAGCCGCCGCCGACGCCGGAAUGACGGAUAUGCAGUUGGACAUAGAACAGGAAGCACCAGGCCCCCAUGCCGCCGCCGCCGCCGCAUCCGAGACGCCGGUCCGCAGAGCCCCGGCCUCGCCGCGCACCUCGGAGCGCAUCCGGGCCCAGAACCGUCGCCGCGAGUGGCUCGAGCAGCACCCGUCCUACUUUGAGAGCGUAGAGCACGAGCUUGCAGACCCCAUCCUGUACGCUCGUUUGGUCAAGGCCUUCCAAACCGCGGCGGAGCGGCAAUCCGAGACGCAGGAAAAGGGCUUCGGGCGGAUCCUCGAGGCGGACCUCGCGCGUGGGGAGCAGCGCGUCGCCACCGCCGCCGCCGCAGCCAGCGACCCGUCCGCCGAGGCCACAAACGCUGGCGGCGGCAGCUCAGCGCAGCUCUCCAACGGUGCCAACGGGCAGUCCCACGCGCGGACCGCCGAGGCCGGCAGCGGAAUCGACAACGCCUGGGACGCGGAGCCGGAGGGUAGGGCGGACGGCCGCGAGCUCUGGCGGCAGUUUCUGCAGGAGCGUUUCAUCCGCGGGCGCGACGACGAGUUUGACUAUGAUGCCGUGGACGGCGACUGGGGCCUAGACGUGACGGCGCGGAGGGAGGCGCAGGACGAGUGGUUCGAGGACGAGGAGCCGACGUGGGCGGAGGGAGAGGGGCGCGCGAGGACCGGCGAGACGGGCGUGCAGGACUUUUGAUGGUGGUUUCAAGCUCUUUUUUUUUAGUUGACGACGCUAUACGUUGACCAUGUUUUGAAACCUUUAGAUGUAAGCGUGAAAUGCGACAUGGUAAUAUUUGGUUGUCAUUUCUAUCUGGCAAGAGGCCAAGUCUGCCUCUCCUGACCAUCUUGGUCUGUGAAGGCGUCAUCGACUCUGGCACACGGGCGCUCUAUGAAUAGCUAGAUUUAUAUGCAU